AUCAAACUAUCGAUACCAUCGAUAAUAUCGUUUUGCAGCUUAAUACUUUUUCCAUCACUAACUUUAACAGAUGCAUAUAAGUUCAAGCAUUAGGUUAGCUUUGUGGAAUUGCCUGAAGCCUAUUUCGCCAAACAUUGCUAAAAUGUCCAGCGAGGUCGAGAAAGCUCAAACAGCAACUCCCGCAGAAGACACUAUUUUCGGGAAAAUUCUUCGGAAAGAAAUUCCUUGCAAUUUCAUCUACGAGGAUGAAAAAUGUGUUGCUUUUCAUGACAUUAAUGCCCAGGCGCCCACACAUUUUCUAGUAAUACCUAGAAAACCCAUUGCUCAGUUAUCGCAUGCUAAUGGAGAUGAUAAAGAAUUACUUGGUCAUCUUAUGAUAGUAGGUGCAAAAGUAGCCAAUGAGUUAGGAUUAGAUAAAGGUUACCGAGUGGUUGUAAACAACGGUCAGCAUGGAGCACAGUCAGUUUAUCAUUUGCACUUGCACUUUCUAGGAGGACGUCAAAUGCAGUGGCCACCAGGUUAAUUUUUUUUCUUGCUGCUUAAAAGUACUAUAAAUCAAUAAAUACAUUAUUGCAACUUAAAACCUU